AUGAAAGGAGGGAAAAGGAAGGGUGGCGGAGAAGGAAAUGAGUCCGUACAGCCACCACCCAUGCCGGACAUGGACGGCGGUUGUGAGGUUGACAAGGCGGGUUACAGUGGCGGAGAUGCUGCGGAUGUGAUGGUGGCGGAGGCGGUUGUGGAUCAGGUGGAGAAGAAACGGCAGGAGGAGCAGAAUCAUUAUCAAGAAGGAAAAGAAAACGGGGCUGAAGAAGAAGGCGAAGAGGAAGAGGAGGAGGAGGAGGAGGUGGACAAUGAAAACGGUUACGACCAGUUCGAUGACCUUCAAAUCGAAGAGGGUGAGGCCGAAACUGAGAAGCCAAAGCUCGCAGAAGGGUUUUAUGAGAUUGAAGCCGUACGGAAGAAAAGGGUUCGAAAGGGUGAAGUUCAGUAUCUCAUCAAAUGGCGAGGCUGGCCGGAGACCGCAAACACGUGGGAACCUUUUGAGAAUCUAUUGUCAUGUUCUGAUGUUAUUGAUGCAUUUGAGGAAAGCUUGAGUUCAGGGAAACAUUCACGUAGACGAAAACGCAAGUAUAGAGGGCCUCACACUCAAUCCAAGAAGAAGCUACAGCAGCGUUCACCUGCAGCUGCUACUUAUAAUUUACCAGCUGUGAAGGUCAGGAUUAUUGAGGAGCCUUUGCCUUUUCCUCCUCUGAAUGACUCAAGCCUUACAAACGAGGGGGACACUAAUGUAGGGAGUGUCAACAAUGUUGAAAUAGCCAAGGAAGGGAAGGAGAAUGGGUCUGCAAAGGUUGCCUCACAGAUUGAAGAAAGGAAAGAACAGAAUGAGUUGGACUGGACGCUUAGUGAACUGAAAGGAACUGUAACUGUCAAGGAGGACCAUGUGGAUAAGUUUUCAGUACAUUUCCAACCAGCUUCGGCAUCAGAAGGAAAUGGANUGUCUGACGGAAAAGAAAUGAUUGUGGAUAAUAAAUUUCUUAAAGCUAACAACCCCCUUCUGGUAAUUCCUCCUCUUGGAGAGUUGUGGUUCGCUUAA